AUGGUCUUCGCGUCGCUGUGUGGGAUUGAGCUAUAUCCCCUCCUCCUCACCUCCUCCGCCCCGGUCAAACCCUAAAACCGUGGCCAGGGACGGAAACAUGAGCGGGAGGAUGUGACUAUUCAACAGAUCAUCAGAUUAACGGACAGUUUUAUCGCCGUUGAGAACACAGGUGUGUGUGUGUGACAUCAUUGUUGAGUCCAGAGAGACCAGAGAGCCUGCGGAUAAGAAGCUACUGACACAGGGGUUACUGCUGGAGGAGACACACCAAUGAACACACUUUACAGAGGUACACACAGCUUUUACAGCUAUGGAGGAUUAAGGUUCAUUCAUCAUGUCUGGUCUUUCUGAAGUCCUUAUCUACAUGGUUUGAGUGAUGGACUUGUCUAACUGUACAGAGGGGUUCUUCUCCCUGGGCGAUGGGGGUGAAGAGGUUUCUAUAACCCCCCCAAGUAAGAUCCUCCUCACCCUCACCCUGUCCCUGCUCGCUGUCAUGACAACAGCCAUCAACUCCCUGGUGAUCACAGCCAUCAUCGUAACCAGGAAGUUGCAUCACCCGGCCAACUACCUGAUCUGCUCUUUGGCGGUGACAGACCUGCUGGUGGCCAUCUUGGUCAUGCCAUUCAGCAUCCUCUACAUACAGAGGGAGAGCUGGCAGAUGGGAGAGUCUGUGUGUUACAUGUGGCUGAGUGUUGACAUCACCUGCUGCACCUGUUCCAUCCUCCACCUGGCAGCCAUUGCUCUAGACCGCUACCGGGCCAUCACUGACGCCGUGGAGUAUUCACACAAACGCACUAGCCUCCGAGCCGGGAUCACUGUCGGCGUGGUCUGGUUUCUGUCCGUCCUCAUAUCCCUUCCCCCUCUCCUGUGGAGGAACCAUGGUGGGGAGCCGGAAGAGGACCAGUGUCUGAUAACUCACCACCACAUCGCCUUUACCCUCUACUCCACCCUGGGAGCCUUCUAUAUCCCCCUGCUCCUCAUCCUCAUCCUCUACUAUAAGAUCUACAGAGCAGCUCAGACUCUGUACCUCCGCAGGGGGGCCAGCAGGGGGGCCAGCCAACACUCCUCCAUGGUCAACGGAACCACCCUCCCCUCCUGCCCCCCUAAUGGGGACCCCCAUAGUCCCGACACCCUGAACCCCCAGGAGAAGUCCUACUCAGACCCCACCACAGAGGGAGACCGCGUGCGCAUUACUGUAAAGAGUCCCCAAAGUGAGUCGAGGCAGGAGCGUGAGUGUUCGUUGAGACGGCAGCGUAUCUCGGGGACCAGGGAGCGGCGGGCUGCAUCUACACUAGGGCUGAUACUGGGGGCCUUCGUGGUCUGCUGGCUGCCUUUCUUCCUGAAGGAGGUGAUCAUCAACACAUGUGGCUCCUGCAGCACCUCCAUAGAGCUGGCUGACUUCCUCACCUGGCUGGGGUACCUCAACUCCCUCAUCAACCCUCUCAUCUACACUAUCUUCAAUGAGGACUUUAAGAAGGCCUUCCAGAGACUGGUUAGGUGUAGGCAUCGCCUCUGACACAGACGGAGAGGACACACAUGCACACACACACAAACACGUGCACGGCUUUCAGUUCUGAGUUGUGUUGGGCCCGGGAUGGUAUCUGACUGCCUGAGAUCAGAGACUAUCGACAGAGAGUAAAGACAAGAGACUUAAAAUGUUUUACUGGAGAAAAUGACCUGUAAGACUCUGUCAAGACUAUGAGACACUCCAGCCAGGUCAGUCUAAUGGGACUGGCACAUUGCUGAGCUCUGGAGGUAAGUUAGGAGGACCUCAGAUCCAUAAGAGUCUAUUUAUGGAGAGCCCUGAGAUCAUCAUUUUCUUGUUUGGAUGGGUUAUUGACGUGGCCGGGAUGGUGUUUAAUGACAUUGAAAGGACAAAAACAGACUGAAACAGAAUAGCUUACCAUGGUGUUUCUGUCUGUUCUAUAACUAUCAACCUCCCCAAGCUAGUCUGCUCUGUAGACAUAUCUGAAAUAAAACAUAUCAAAAGAAUUUCAACUUUUAUUCCCCAAACAAUAUUUGUUGUGAUCAU